AGAAAGCAGUAUAGUCAAGAAGAAAUCUUCACACUUUGGGAUAUUCAAUACAAGAAUAAUAAAAAUCAAAAUGGUGAAGAGUUCACAUUUGAAUUAUUCGAACAAUUGUUAAAACAUCUAAUUGAUAAAUCUAACUUAAAAAUAUGUAUGGACUCUCUUGAUUCAUCUGGCAUGCCUACAAAUAUAGCUAAUAGUAAACUUGUACAUCUUGAAGUACUAUCAAACUUUAUAGAAGUUGUGUGUCAUCCUGCUUCUCAAAAGGUAAUCUCUUCGAAAGUUAUGCCCAUCGGGAAUUGCAAAGAGGUAGUGUGUUUAGGUGAUGCAGUAUCAAAAGAUGAUGAAAAUGAGAAAGCAUUAAGGGAGGGAAUGGAUAACAAAGAUGUAAAAAAAUGGAAAAUGAAAAAGACUGAUACGAAUUCGGGAGUCAAUGGAGACAAUGAACGUGAGGAUGAGUCAAAGAGUGACACUGUGAAAAAACAGAAAACAAAAAAGGAUGAAAGUAGUGAGACGUCAAAGGAAGGAAAUAAAAAGAAAGACAUGAAAAAAUGA